AUGUUUCGCAGAACAAGUGAUAUCUUCCGAAAAACCAUACAAAAUUUCGGUUCUCAAAAACAUGCUUACCUUGGAGGAGCAGUGUUUGCUGCCGCAGCUAUCGCCCUUAGUGACGAUGAGCUCAAGAAACAGCCUAUGUGGUAUCAAACGUCUGUGCGUAAGCUAUCAUUUGCGAUAAAAUAUACGAAUCGAAAAGGCUAUUUGGAUGAUGUAAUAUUACUGGAGAAUCUUCGUGAGAAGCUUUAUCCAUAUUCGGACUCAACGAACACCGACCUCUUAUGGCGGUAUGCCCGAGUACUACUCGAAAUUGCUUUGUGGACUUCAAGUGCCGACAAAAACCGAAUGGCUACAUUCCUCGAGGCUGAAAAAGUGGGCAAAAAGGCGCUUGAGAAUGAAAGUCCACAAAGCCCAAAUGCCAGUGCACACAAAUGGUAUGGAAUAACUCUGGUAAAGUUAAUGGAUUUCCGUUCUGAUAAGAAAAUUGAUGAAGCACAAAAACACUUAGAGAAAGCAGUUGAAUUAGAUCCAAAAGAUGUAAGAUCGUGGCAAUAUCUUGGUAUUGUGCAAUACAUGCAGAAAGAUUACAAGCACGCAUUGGAAAGCCAUCAAAAAGCUGAGUCACUGGAGCCUGGUUUUUCAAACGAGAACACAUUCUGGCUCGGAAAGGCACAGCUUGCAUUGGGACGAAAAAAAGAUGCAUGCGAAAGCUUCAAGAAAGCAAAAACUCUGACUCCACGUUACAGGAAUGAAUAUAAGACUGGAGUGCAAGCUCGCGAAUUCUUAUUGAAAAAGUGCCGGAUGCGUGUGGAAGAUAUUCCAGAUUCCGCUUGUCCUUACUAA